CCCCUCCGCUUAUGCAUGCACCUCUACCUAUACGCAAGGAGGCGGCCGCUGCCGCCGCCGCCGCCGCCGCAAUCCUCGAUGAAUCGUCCACCGCAAGAGUCGCUCUAUCUCGCCGCCGCUUCGUCCUCCUCAAUGAUCGGACAGUUCCUUUCUUGGACGAUGUCGUUGCUCAGGUGUCUGCUGCUUGAGCAACCCAACGCCACGGGCUACGCAGUUCUGGCCAUCGUCCUUUGGCUUCUCUACAAAAUCGCCAGUCGACCCAUCAAUUACGUCAAGGAGCUGAGCAGCGUUGGCUUUGACCAGACCCUUGAGAGUGGCUCCGCAGGUCGCUGGAAGGACAAAAGCAGGUCGGAGCUGGCCACUGAGAUGAACAGGCUGCGCAAAGUGGGCAACAUGCCCCCCGCAUUUCCCAACGGCUGGUUCGCCCUUAUCGAGUCCGACACCCUGCAAAAGGGCCAAGUCAAGCACGUUGCCGUCCUUGGCGAGAAUUUCGCUGUGUUUAGGGGCGAAGGAGGCAACGUGUAUGUCCUGGACGCCUAUUGUCCGCACUUGGGCGCAAACAUGGCCGUUGGUGGCUGUGUCAAGGGUGAAUCCCUCGAGUGUCCCUUUCACGCCUGGCGCUUUGCAGGCAAGGACGGUCAGUGCAUUGCAAUUCCUUAUGCUGAAAAAGUUCCAGAGUUUGCAAAGGCUCGGCAAUGGCCUAGUUGUGAGGUGAACAGUUUCAUUUUUGUUUGGUAUCACGCGCAGAACGAGGACCCUUCGUGGAAACUGAGCCCUCUAGCACAGUUAGCGCCGAGCCACUGGGUCUAUCGAGGAAGAUCCGAGUUUUACAUCAGCGCCCACAUACAAGAAAUACCCGAAAACGGAGCGGACGUGGCGCACUUGAACGCAAUCCACGGACCGUCGCUUUUGGCCGGAGGAAGCCUCAACACGUCCGGAUUUCUGGCGGGCGGAUCGUGGGCUCGCCACUUGUGGACGGCCUCGUGGGCAGCGCAAACUGCGUCGGGUGAAACGCACAAGGCUGUUCUCUCUCUAAGACACGAGUUUCGCCUAUUCAGUAAAUUUGCAUUGAUUAACAUGGACGUCAAUGCAGUGCAGAUUGGGCCAGGAUAUGUUGAGCUUUCUAUUGACACAACUUUUGGCAAAGCAGUGAUUUUACAAAGCGUCACCCCGGUGGGUCCGAUGCUGCAGAGAGUAAUUCACCGCAUGUACGCUGCCCCGUCAAUGCCUGCCCCAUUCGCCACUGUUAUCAUGUUGGGAGAAGCGAUAAUGUUCAAAAGAGACAUCAUGGUGUGGAACCACAAAAAGUUUGAGGAUCGGCCGCUGCUGGUGCGCGAGGACAGGGCCAUAAACCGGUACCGCCGCUGGUAUUCACAGUUCUAUUCGGAAAACAGUCUGCGUCUUGGCAAGAGUCCAGAGGGACUAGACUGGUAAUUUUAAGUGUGAAAUUAUUUUGACGAGAAAUUCUGAUUCACAACAUAUCAUAAUGCUCUAUUACACAUUUUUUUUUUUUUUUUUGUAAAAUAUUAAUUAUUGUUGGUGCACUUUUUAAAUUACUCUCUAUAUGGGGCGCAAUUUGAUAACAUUUAUAUUUUAUUGUUUCCAUUGUACAUUUUUUUUCUUCUACGGAAUUAUAUAAAAAUAUGAAAUGUUGUAGAAAUUUGUGGGCGCUGCAUUUUUUUCCAGAAAAUUUAAAAAUUGUAUUUAAAAUAUGAAAUUUUUCAAUUAAUUUACUAUCGGUAAAUGAAUGCAAGUGCAGUCUGAGCAUUUCAGCCAGACGCCAGACACACUUCAUGACUCUGCCUGAAAAUGUGUGAAGCACGCAAGAAGUAAAAUUUUGGCUAACCACCAACAAAGACCAAUGAUGAUCAAGGCAGUAAAAUAAAAUCUAGUGGUUUAAUUAAUCAAAUUCAAAUUAAACCAAAUAAAAACGUACGAUUGAAAACAAAAUUUGAAAAUUAAUAAAAAUAAAAAUUGAAAUACAAAUAUUCCUUAAU